AUGGCAAGCUUAGGGCGGCCGUUUCGGUCACCGCCUUCACCGGAAGCAAGGCAGAAACGGUGGGUGAUAUCAGUGAUAGAGAAGAAUGGACCGAGGAAUCAUUCGCGAUCCUCGUCCCCUGUUUCUCGUUCACGAUCGGUUUAUGAAUAUGAUCGACGUUGGAAUGUUGAUCGGCGAUUGGCUUUGGAGGAGGAAGGUGGUCGCCGGCGGUUGAGUGAGGAGGCUAGGGAGAUUGGUGGAAGGUUAGGACCCGGCCGUUCUCGCGAUCACAUGGAGGAAGGAAGAGAUCGGUUGGAGUUUGUCAAUGGAAUGGAACGAGCAGCUUGUGAUAGUGCAAAAAAUGGGUUAUGCAGGAACUGUGUUAUGCAGGAAAAUGCGUGUGAUCUGAAGAAGCAGGAGAAGGGUGUUCCUGCUCACGACCUUGGCAAGGAGUUGGUUAACAACGACGGCGUUGUGCGUUCGGAUAGUUCUCUUGGAAAUGGCGGCGUUGUGCGUUCCGAUACUAAGAUAGGUGAUGACGGUGCUUUGGGAACCGCCCUCAAACGGUACGUAUCUUUCUAUUUCACAAAUUUUCCUGCACAAAUGUCAAAUUUUUAUCUGAGAAAGGGUUUUGAAGUGUGUGGUGUGCUGGAAGAUGUGUUCGUUGCAAAAAAAAGAAAUAGAUACGGUAAACCGUAUGGCUUUGUCAGAUUUUCAAACGUUAAAAAUGUGACAAAAUUGACGAAUGCCCUAAACAAUGUCUGGUUUGGCUAUUUUCGAGUUAAAGCUAGUGUAGCCAUGUUCGAACGCAACGAUUCCAGGGCAGGAAAGUUUUUGAAGAGGCAAAAGGAUGGAAUGGAAAAAGGUGUGGAUGUGCAGCUGCUGAAUGCGGCGAAGCAACAUUCAGUGGGAUAUGUAGCGCCCACAGGCUGGGUUGAAAGUAAUAAAUCGCUGAGGAAAUUUAAUAAUUCUGAAGAUGUCACUGCUACAACUGUGGAGAAGGAUCGAAGUGACCCUUUGGAAGGAGUGCAGGUGGGGGAGGUGAUUAUCAAGCUAGGGGCUCGUCAAGAGGAUUUAGUUAAAAAGGCAGAAUUAUUAAAGGGGAAAGCGCCGACUCCGCAUAAGGUUGAGCAACAAAAUGAAUCGGUUAAGGAAAGCAGAGUCUUCAUGCGAAGCUAUCAUUCGAAGCCCGACGAUAUGGAGUGGGCUCACAAUGGGGUCGUGGCUACAGUCUUUAACGGUGAGUCGAUUCCUGUGGUGCAGAACAGAAUAUUGGAUGCGGGUUUCAAUGACUUGGUUCUCAUUCCAAUGGGAGCCGAUAAGGUUUUUGUUCGCAGCACUGAGAAAUUCGAUGCUAUGGCUACGAUCAACAAUGCUAAGGAGUUCUUCCAACUAGUUUUCGCAAAUUGGACGCGCUGGGAAAAUGAGUCAUCAGCUUAUCGGAGAGGUGCUUGGGUCCGUUUGUACGGUGUCCCUCUUCAUGCUUGGAAUGAGCAAUUCUUUCAGUUAUGUGUUUUUGAAAGUGGUAGGUUCCUCCGAACGGAUUGCGUUUCUGUUGGCAAGAACAGAUUAGACUUUGCGCGAGUAUUAAUUGCCACACCUGAACUUGACAUAAUCAAAAGUAGUGUGACUGUUCUUGUGGAUGGAAUUCAAGUGGAGAUUAAGAUUGCGGAGGAAGGGGGGUACACUAUGGGAGAGGAUUCUUGUCUCUUUGACGAGGAGAGCGAGUCAGAGGAAUCCCAAGCUGAUUGUGGUGAAGAUCAUGUGGAUCCGGAGGUCUACCGCAGUGUUGAAAUAUUAGUUGAUAGAUUUAAGGAAGGAUUGGAGGAGGAGGAGCCCGAUGAAGUUCAAGGUAUGCUGGAUAAGGAGAUUUAUGAUGAGUCUGAUGCUAGACCAGUUUCUUCGAGAGCCGGGACCCCAUCAGUUUUGAGGAAGGGCUCCCAAGAUUUGUCCGGAGUCCAGGAUGUUGCUUCUAAAGGUAUUUUCUGGUUGUUUAUGCAAGGUAGGAAAGCAGCAAGAGAACUUGUCUUUGAUCCUGAAAUAGAGAAAACAGCUAAAGCAAACAGAAAAGCAGUUCGGUUAGCCCGAGAGGUUGCCCGGUUAGCAGGUGUUGCACAAGAAAGUAGUUUCUAG